GUUUCUUUAAGUUCUGGUUUUUCUGUUCAGUCUUUGUUGGAUUGUUUUGUGUUGUUCCUUCUGUGAGUUCUGUUCAGCCCUGUUUACCUGUCCGUGACUGUCCACAAUUAAAGAGUUUUUCGUCAUAUCUGCAUUCCGGUCUCUGCGUUUGGGUCCACUCCUGCAUCUCCUGAGCCCUGACAGAACAAUCCAACCAGAAAUGGACCCAGCAGAGACAAACUGUUUUCGGGGGACCCGUCUGGCACUGGGGGGACCUCGAUCAGCCAGACGGGCCUCCAAGCUUGCCAACCACCAGCACUGCCAUUCGGCUUCCACUCCGGACAUUCCAGCUCAGAUGACUUUGCUUGAGUACUUUUAUCAUCAGGCAUCUAAGACUGCUAGCAAGGAGCCAGCUAGCCGGCAGCCUGCCACUCCUCAGCCAGCACCAACCCAAAACCCCUACCUGGGCACCCGCUUGGCUCUGGGAGGCCCUCGGAGCGCCAACCAGAGGUCCGGUCGUCAACGCAGACAACCACACUGUUCCUUGGGUCACCUUGCCACCUGGCCUGUCCUCUCCAGCGCCUCAGAGUCUCUGCAACCCUCCGUCCCUGCUGGCGUGCGGCAACCCCCCGUCCCUGCUGGCGUGCGGCAACCCUCCGUCCCUGCUGGCGUGCGACAACCUCCUGUUCCUGCUGGCGUGCGGCAACCUCCUGUUCCUGCUGGCGUGCGGCAACCUCCUGUUCCUGCUGGCGUGCGGCAACCCUCCGUCCCUGCUGGGCCAGCGCAGCUAUCCCUUGUUCCAGAGCUGCGCCAGAGCCUGCAGCAUCCCCAGUGGCGUCGCCGCCCGAGCCUGCAGCAUCCCCAGUGGCGUCGCCGCCCGAGCCUGCAGCAUCCCCAGUGGCGUCGCCGCCAGAUCCGCCCCCCGAGUCUGCAGCAGCACCCCCUUCUUCAGCGGCUCCGCCCAGCCCUCGCCUUCGCCGCCGGCCCGCAGCCCGGCCUCCAGAGGGGCCCCGCCUUCGCCCUCGCCGCCGGCCCGCAGCCCGGCCUCCAGAGGGGCCCCGCCUUCGCCCUCGCCGCCGGCCCGCAGCCCGGCCUCCAGAGGGGCCCCGCCUUCGCCUUCGCCGCCGGCCCGCAGCCCGGCCUCCAGAGGGGCCCCGCCUUCGCCUUCGCCGCCGGCCCGCAGCCCGGCCUCCAGAGGGGCCCCGCCUUCGCCUUCGCCGCCGGCCUCCUGCCCGGCCUCCAGAGGGGCCCCGCCUUCGCCUUCGCCGCCGGCCUCCUGCCCGGCCUCCAGAGGGGCCCCGCCUUCGCCUUCGCCGCCGGCCUCCUGCCCGGCCUCCUGAAGGGUCCCGCCUUCGCCUCUGGCCUGCAGUCCAACUUCCAGAGGGUUUCUGCCUUCCCUGCCAGCCUGCAGCCCAAACACCACAGAAGCUCUUCACAUCCGGCCGCCCUCCAGAGCAUCUUCUGCCAUCUGUUCUGCACCCCGGUCGCCCUCCCGAGCGAAUUCACCUAUCUGUCCAGCCCCCUGGCCGUCCACCUGGACUCUUAUGCUCUGCCCCUGUCUGGCCAUCUGCCUGUGCACCAUCUUCCUGGUUCCCCAUGUCCUGGCCCUUCCUGAGCACGACCUCCUUUGCUCCCUGCAUUCUGGCUACCUACCCCUGCGCCACUUCCCUAGCUACCUGCUCUUUCAUGGCCUAUGGACUGUCAGUUUUGGCCUCCUCCUCCCCCCGUCUUGCGUCGGCCGUCCAUCCUGUGUCCCUUGGUGGUGUUUGUGGGACGUCUGGGAUCCGUCCCUUAAGGGGGGGGUUCUGUCACAUCUUGCCUGGACUUAAGGUGUUUUUUUGGUGUUAUGUUGUGUUCUGUAUGGUCUCCUGGUUUUGCACGUUUGUUUAGUCCCUCGGUUCAUCACUGCAUCAUUGGUUUGUUGGGUUGUGUGCUUGGGUUUGUGUUUGGUUUUGGAUGGGUUAGUGUAGAUGGCGUUGGGUUUGUU